ACAAUGAUGAUAUCUCUGUUCGCUUAAUUGUCCCUUUAACUUUUUGUUUAGCAAUGCGAUUGACUGUUUAAUGAUGACUUUAUACGGCUUGUUGUAUUUAUAUACUUAAAAUAUGUGGUUAGUGACAGGACUUAUUUUCUCUGUAUUCAUACAUGAAUGUGUCCCGCAAGGCCCGGGGUUUCCAGGCAUCGGUGGGAUGUCACCUUCCUCGCCACCAUUAUCCCCCAGAGGAGGCUUCAUGGGAGGUUCCAGUGGCAGUGACGUCAUGGUCAGAACAAGAGGGGACCGUUUUGGCUCCGGUGGUCGAGGUGGAGGUGGUGACGGAUUUGUAAGUGGAGGUGUUAGCGGAGGUGUGGGUGGUAGCGGAGAGUGCCCACGUGAAAGAAGAAUAGAAGGAUUUAGGUGUUACGGUCGAGGCAUGGACGUUACCGACUGUCCUUCCGGUUCAAGAUGCAUAAGAGACCGGACUUCCGGUGGGUCAUACUGCUGUUGGGAAAGUUCCGCACCAGUAGAAGCCGGAGAAAAUGGCAUGAAUUCACCUUGCGAAGACCCAAGGAUGAGAGAGGACGGAAGGUCUUUCAUGCAGUGUGUGCCUGGGAAUACAACUGGAUGCCCACAGUGCCACAGGUGCCAGAGCUUAGGAGGAGGGAUGGGCAUGGGACUGUGUUGCCCUCAGGUCACCGUACCUGGAUGUGAAAGAAGUAGUCCAAUGCGGAAUGAGUUCGAGGCAGCUCGUAGACGAAUAGCUGGUAGCGGCGGGUCAAUGGGUACAUCUAUGGGUGGUACAUCAAUGGGUGGUACAUCAAUGGGUACAUCAAUGGGUACAUCAAUGGGCACUGGCUCUCGGCUUCAAGAUAGUCGUGUUUCCGACAGAUUUUCUGGAGAUCGAAUGGGUCCAGGGUCCAGUCCAUUGGGUACGGAUUUUGGAAUGACUAGAAGUAGUAGUGGUAUUGAAGGUGAAGGUCGUGUAUUAUGUCCCAAUGGGUUAUCUCCCUUGCGGUAUUGUUCUUCGAGCGAUCCCUGUCCUAAUGAUUACCGUUGCUUAGAGAUAAGUGGUGGGAGAGGAGGAUGUUGUCCAAGAGGCUUGUCCGGUACACCAGGGUUACCAGGGAGGACAGAUGGGUCGGGACGAUUUAUGCCCGGAAGUGCUGGAAGACCGGGGAUGUCCGAUUUUCCAAGAGGACCGACAGGUGUAGUUUCUGGAAUGAGCAGACGUGACGGUGUUUGCCCUGAUGGACUUCCGGGUACAGAGAGAUGUUUUUCACGCGGCUCCUGUGGUCCUGGACAGGCCUGUGUGCCAGUAAGAAGCAGCGAAGGUGUGUGCUGUCCCACUCGCCCAGGAGGCAUGCCGAGAGGACCGGGACGGUUUGGACCCGGAGGUCCAGGUGGGCCGGAAAUGCCGAGAUUUCCGGGAAUGACAGGGAGAUUGACUCCCAUGGAGAUGCUCGAAAGAAGACGCGCCAUGAGGAGAGCUUUAGCUAGAAGGAGAAUGCUAGGUCUAAGGAGACCGUUCGGCGAGGGUGCUAGAUUUUAGCAGGCUCUUGUCCGGUUAGAUGUAUACGAACUGGUCGCCAUGAAUGUUACGAAGCACGUCACUGUCCCGAACCAAUGAGAUGUUGUCGUCCGGCUUUAGGCUGCCAGCGUCGUUGUGUUUAAAAUGUACUUUUUCUUUGUUUAUACAAAAAUAUAAAGAUAAAAUGAUCCAUGGACUGGUAUCAA